UAUCUAAUUGCUAACAAUUUUCAUAUAUACCAAGUGUUUUUUUCAAUGUUUCUUUCACCUUGUAUUAUUGUAUGUACUGCUUAUCAUACAUGGCCUCUCUGUUGGAGAUAAAAAGCAUAUUUUGUGCAGAUCAGAUAUGUCUCACAUAAUGGCUUGAAUAUUUACUCUUCGUAGGACCCAAGGAAAUGUGGUAGCUAGGUAUAGUGAAUUUAAAAUAUUUAACAAUUUUAUUUCAAAGUGCAAAACUUAAUUUACUUUCAAAGUUUGAAUUGGAAUGAAUUAACCACUAUUUUUAAGGUAGAAGAUGAAUUGCUCAUUAAAAAACGUAGUCAUUUCAAUCCUCUCUAAAAUGAUAGGAUUAGAAAGGAAGAAGUUUUCUUUAUGUCUAAUCCCCUCAAAAUGAAAGAUUCCACUAUGCCUUCAAUAUACCUUGAUUUACAGGGUUAUAUAUCUAACCCAAUACUGAGCCAAAACGACACCAUAAUUUAUAAAUGGUAAUGCUUUGUUGCAAUAUGUUAUCAAAAAGCAUUUAGUAGACCGUUAAUUUGGGUCACACAUGCAUUGAAAUGAGAAACAUUUAGUUAGUGGUCUAAAUUAACGUUAAUGGUGUGAUAAAAGGAAGUUUACACAACUCUUUCAAAAGAUUUUUACAAUUCUUUGCAUAUCUGAAUUAUAAAUAUGGAUCUGAUAACAGUAUGCAUAUGUUGGUCUCAUAUCAUGUUGAAAAUUCAAUAAGGAUCAACAUAUAUAUUCCCCAUUUCGUAUGAAAUAUUAUUAAACAUGAGAUACAAUAUUAAAUGAUAAUUGCUAUUAUGCUAUCAAGUUGCAGUUUAAGGGAAAACCUGAAAUCAACAGGAAGUCGUUAGUUCGUGAUAUGUUUCUUUUGUGUUAUAUAUUUUUAAUUGCAAAAUAAUGGAUGCUUGGACAGUCGGUGGUCAUCAGAUUAAUACGACCAGAGUCUUGUUUUCUUCUGCUAGGGAGCAGUUUAUUUGCUUCCUUUUUUUUUUUUUUUUUUUUUUGGCUUUUAGUUGCAAAAGUUUAUUUAUUUGGUUUUUGCUCAAAUUUAUUUGUUUAUUUAUAGUGCUCAUAUAAUCUGAACGAAUUAUUCUCUUUCUUUGUUUGGGAAAUUUUUGAAAAGGUUGAAAAUCCUAGGUCAGAGGAAAAUCCACUCGACAGCUCUAAGUGUGGCCACUCUUUAUUUAGUUAAUUAAGCUGCUCAAAUCAAUUUAUUAGAUCAACCUGCAGAACGUCUUCUUCUUCUUUAGAUAAGACAUAUUCAAUUUUUAAUAGUGUUAGAAACACCAACUUUUAAGAUGUCUAUUGUUUAGUUAGUAUUUCAUUUGUUUUCUGUUCAGACCUAUUUUUGAAACUUAUUUAUUGAUAAUAUAUAAGAAGUUCAGCGUCAUCAAAAUUAAUGUCAACUUUCAUUAAUAAAAAAAACUAAAACUUGGCAAGACGGAUUUAACGAGCAUUGAGAGUAAUCCAAUAGGAAUCAAAGAAAAACUUGGGAAUGAAGAUUUUUGUUCAUUUAAAUUAAGGAAAAGUAUAAAAUUAAAAAAAAAAAUAGAUAACUUCCAUGUCUAGUGCCUGGCAAAAGGACAUGGACACAACUACUAGUGUAGACUCCAAAAGUUGGAAAGGAAACGGCCAUAACGUUUUCAUCGACGACGAAGGGAACCAUAAGAAACAAUAGCAACGCGGUGUUGUCUCAACCUCUUUUCUCAUCGUCUUCAAAACCCACUUGUAAUUAUUUGUUAUCAAAUCGAUCGAGUUCUUUUUAAUCUCUUCUCCCUUCUCUCAUAACAUUCCCUUUCCUCUCCCUCUCCCUCUCACUCUAUAUGUCUUUGAAUUUCUAAGCAUGGACUCGGACCCACCAUUUCGCAAGGCCUACAAGACCCUUUUCGACAACACCGUCAACAAAGCCAACAACAUCAGCAACAACAAGGAGGAGGUGCUACAACAGCUUGUUACAGUGGAGGAAUGUGAACUGCCGUUGAUUGAUCUUAGGCGGCUGGAGCUCGGAGAAAAGGAGAGGGAGAAGUGCAUGACGGAAAUAGCUAGGGCAUCGCAAGAGUGGGGUUUCUUUCAGGUAGUGAAUCAUGGGAUUUCAGGAGGGCUUCUUCAGAAGAUGAAGAUUGAGCAAGAGAAGCUGUUCAAGCAAUCUUUUGAUAAGAAGAGGCAAGAGGACAAGCACUUGAACUUUUCACCGGGAACUUAUCGUUGGGGAACUCCUUCUGCCACAUGCCUACGGCAGUUAGCAUGGUCUGAAGCUUUUCACAUUCCACUCAACGACAUUUCUGCUACAUCAGCUUCUGGUCUCAACCAUACACUCAGCUCAACAAUGGAACAAUUUGCUACAACAGUUUCAAGUUUGGCACUGAAAUUGGCUGAAAUUUUGGCUGAGAAAUUAGGUCACAAGUCAACAUUUUUCCUAGAAAAUUGUUUGCCCAGCACUUGUUAUCUUCGAAUGAACCGAUAUCCGCCUUGCCCCAUCCCUUCUGAGGUGUUUGGAUUGAUGCCACACACUGAUAGUGAUUUCCUUACAAUAUUGCACCAAGACCAGGUUGGAGGAUUGCAGUUGAUCAAAGACGAUAGAUGGAUCGCAGUUAAACCUAAUCCAGAAGCUCUCAUCAUUAACAUUGGAGAUCUAUUUCAGGCAUGGAGCAACAACGUGUACAAGAGUGUUCAACAUCGAGUUGUUACGAAUUUGCAAGUGGAACGAUUCUCAACUGCAUAUUUCUUAUGUCCUUCAUAUGACACCGUGAUACAGAGUUGCAGGGAGCCUUCUGUCUAUAGAAAAUUCAGCUUUGGGGAGUACAGGCGGCAAGUCCAAGAGGAUGUUCAAAAAUUGGGUUCAAAAAUAGGUCUUCCGAGAUUUGUCGUAUAAUUAGUAAUUAAUUAAACCACUACAGAAGAAUUCUACUAGUGAAUUAUUAGGCUAUUUCUAGAUAUAUAUGCGGGGGAUAAUUGAUAUAUUUAAAAAUGUUAUGCAUAAUUAAGCUAAGCUUCGAAAAAAUAUAGAGUACUUGGAGUUAAAGGAAGACUUGGCGCAAAAUCUAGUGGAGUGCUAUUCUAAUAUUCAUACAACCGACCUUAAUUAGUGAAAUAUGACUUGGUGGUUGUUGUUAUUGUUGUAUAAUUAAGCUUUCAUAUAUAUAUAUAUAUAUUUUUUUUUUUUUGUUUUUUGUAAGCAUAGUUUUGUAUUAGAAAUGGAAAUUAAGGUGGUAUAGCAGUUCGGUAUAGUUAAGGGUUUUCCUUUGUUUGCUGCAAACAAUUAAGGGUUUAUGUUAGCCAAAAUUAUUAGACGAUUUGUUUGGAUCGAUCAUUGUAAGUUGGGAUAAUGAGAAUGUAAGGAUUGAUCAAUAUUGAUUAUUGUUUUACUUCUUUAUUCUGUUAAUUAUUACUUUCAAACUAUAUUUUGAAA